UAAAGCAACCACAAGACAUGGACCAAAACAUCCCAUUUCAACUGCAAUGUUUUGGUAGAUGCAAAGAAAACAAUAUCACAUUGGAAUUGAAAUGGAGAGUUUACAAACUUUGUUGGUAGCUCUUUUCAUGUUUGUAACAGCAUUUCAUUUCAGUCCAGCUGAUGCCAGUUUCCCCAAGAGCAUGUAUUUUUAUUGGGGUGCUCAGCAUUCUGCAGUUCUGGGAAACGGUGACGAGCUCCAGCUUGUAUUGGACCAAACAUCAGGUUCUGGCAUUAAAUCAAAGCGAUCAUUUCUGUUUGGAAGUAUUCAAAUGUUAAUCAAGUUGGUACCUGGGAACUCAGCUGGAACAGUAACAGCCUACUACGUAUCCUCUAGUGGAGACCGGCAUGAUGAGAUAGAUUUCGAGUUCUUAGGUAAUGUCUCAGGACAACCAUACAUCAUCCACACAAACAUCUACACGCAAGGAAAUGGAAGCAGGGAGCAGCAGUUCUAUCCUUGGUUUGACCCAACAGCCGAUUUCCACAACUACACCAUUCAUUGGAACCCUUCGAUGGUGGUGUGGUAUGUUGACAGUGUGCCAAUCCGCGUUUUCCGUAACUAUGAGAACGAGGGCAUAGCUUAUCCAAAUAAACAAGGGAUGAGGGUAUACUCCAGCCUAUGGAAUGCUGAUAACUGGGCAACCAGAGGUGGGCUACUUAAGAUUGACUGGAAUAGUGCGCCUUUUGUAGCAAGAUAUCGCACUUUUAGGCCAAGAGCUUGCAAGUGGAAUGGACCAGUUAGCAUCAGUGGAUGUGCUUCCAACACUCCUACUAACUGGUGGACAUUGCCAACAUACAGCCAGUUGACCAAUGCCAAACUGGGCCAGAUGAAGUGGGUAAGAGAUAACUACAUGAUCUACGACUACUGCAAGGAUACUAAACGAUACAACGGACAGGUACCGCCAGAAUGUUUCAAGCCACAGUUCUAAGAUGCAGGGUCACCUAGUGCGGUCUCUCGAUAGGACAAAAUAAUUUCAGCAGCUCCAGUUUUUCUCCUACUACAACUAUUAAAAAGAACAAAAAAGAUGAUGCUUCUUUGUGUUUAAUCGUAUUGAUUUCAUUCUUUUCCUUCGUGCUUCAGUAUGCCAAUUUGUUGUUCUGGUUUUAUUACAUGCAACACAUAAUAAUACACCAAUCGUUUGUGUUCUCAA